GGUUUUGGGACACUAUUAAUGGAAGAAGCUGAGCGCAUUGCACGGGAAGAACACGGUUCCGUCAAAAUCGCUGUAAUCUCCGGAGUCGGGACAAGAAAUUACUAUCGUAAAUUGGGUUACGAACUCGAAGGACCUUAUAUGACCAAAUGGCUAACUGCAGCUGCUUGA